AAUGAAUGUGAUACAAGCUGUGAAAUUGUAUAUAACAAAGAUGACGGAAGAAAGCGGCCCAGGCAUGAAAGUUAUUGUUAUGGAUAAGGAAACAACAAGUAUAGUAAGCAUGGUAUUCAGCCAGUCAGAGAUUCUGCAAAAGGAAGUGUAUCUAUUCGAGCGCAUUGACAGCCACACCAAAUGGGACAACUUGAAGCAUAUGAAAUGCAUUGUCUUCGUUAGACCUACAUCAGAGAAUAUUGCUUUGCUAUCUAGGGAACUCAGGUUCCCUAAAUAUGGAGUGUAUUUUAUAUAUUUCAGCAACGUAAUAUCAAAGGCAGACAUCAAGACAUUGGCCGAGUGUGAUGAGCAGGAAGCUGUCAGGGAGGUACAGGAGGUCUUUGCGGACUACCUCGCUGUCGACAGACAUAUUUUCUCCUUCAACAUCGUGGGCUGCUUACAUGGUCGUUCAUGGAACCAGCACCAUCUUCAGCGCUGUGCUCAAGGCCUAUUCGCCCUACUCAUGUCUCUGAAACGACGCUGUGUGGUCCGCUACGAAGCAGCUUCAGAACCAUGUGCUCGAUUGGCCGAACGCGUCAGAGACCUGCAAAGACGUGAAGCGGUGCUUAUUGAUAACAAUAUACCGUUCAAUGGAGACAUUCCGACGCCGCAAUUGCUGAUUAUUGAUAGGAGAGAUGAUCCGGUGACGCCGCUGUUGAAUCAGUGGACGUACCAAGCGAUGGUGCACGAGCUGCUGACGAUAAACAACAACCGCGUGAGCUUGGCGCACUUCAAAGAAGUAGUUCUCUCUUCGGAACAGGACGAAUUUUAUGCCAAAAAUCUCUAUUCAAACUUCGGAGAAAUCGGACAAACGAUGAAGUCCCUCAUGGACGAGUUUCAGAAGAAAGCCAAAAGCCACCAGAAGGUUGAGAGCAUUAACGACAUGAAGAACUUCGUCGAAACGUAUCCACUGUUUAAGAAAAUGUCAGGCACGGUAACGAAGCACGUGACAGUGGUUGGUGAACUGUCAUCGUGCGUUACGAGACACAAUUUACUAGAAGUGUCCGAGCUCGAACAAGAGAUUGCUUGCCAGAGUGAUCACUCUAAACAUUUGCAGCGGCUCAAAAACCUACUUUCCAAUGAAAGCGUACGACACCACGACGCAGCAAAAUUGGUUGCACUAUACGCCCUACGCUACGAGAAACACGCCAGUAACGCUCUACCGUCGUUGAUCGACGCGCUGAAAUCUCGUGACACGCCCGAACAGCUGGUGCGAGCUGUGGUCAAUUUGGUGGAGUACGGAGGCGCCCAUGCCAGGCAGAGUGACUUGUUCGGGCUUCAGGACGCUGUGAAGAUAACCCAGAGGCUUUUUAAGGGUUUAAGCGGCGUGGAAAAUAUCUACACUCAACACAAUCCACUCUUAAAAGACACACUAGAAGAUCUGAUCAAGGGAAAACUUCGGGAAAAUCUCUACCCAACAUUAGGUGGCGACGACGGAUCCUAUAGCAGAAGACCACAGGAUGUCAUUGUAUUUAUUGUAGGGGGCAUCACUUACGAGGAAGCUUUCUGUGUACACCAAGUCAAUCAGAACUAUCCCGGAGUCAGAAUAGUGCUUGGAGGUACAACAGUACACAAUUCCACGUCCUUUUUGGAAGAGGUAAAGUCGGCUAUGCAAGGAGUGCAUAGGAUUCACACUAGGCAUAUUAAAAAUGUUUAACUCCGUAUUGCCUCUCUUUGAUCCACGAGAGAACAUUGACAUAUCCUCCUGUACACCACGAAUGGACGUGUAGGGGAAUUAAGCAAUAUUCGACUUACAUUGCAGACGCAUGCGCGACAUUAAUUGCAUUACACAGGGUUAUUUGUAAAAUGCUAACAACUUUACAAAAUAUAAUAAAGAGUGGCUGAAUGAAGAUAUACAUUUCUCACAGGCGGCUAUGGCAAAAAAGUCUUAAAACAAAAAAACAAAGAUUGACAACAAACACCAUAAACACAGAAAAAAUCCUAAGGUCCGUUGGUUCGUUACUUGGCUUAGUUGGCAUAGAGUCUGACGCGGUUUGCUAUAAGAUCUUAGUGUUAAUAAAUUUACCAAAAAUAAACAAAGUUUUUGUAUAGUCUGUUCCAAUACAUUAUCAACAAAAAGUAAACAAUCCUGUUUGGUUAAAAUUCUAAAGCAAUCACCCAAUAAGUCGAGUAAGUAUAUUUCGAAGAUUUCUACUUGAUAUCUCAUCACUUUUCCUAACAAUAUUCGUUUGAAUGGCAUCGUAAAAUCGUAUUGUAAAAUGGUAGUUCAAAAGUGAGGUUAUUUUUCAUCUAUACUUCCAUGAGUU